CCCGGGAACAUGGGGCACGAGCUGGGAAUGCACUGUGAACAAGAUCUGAGCUGAUGCUAUAGAAAAUGAAUCAACACCUUCUGACUAAUCGGAUCUGAGAAUUCAGUAGCACAGUGGGAUAAACAUCACUAUGAAUGGUGAUCUUUAUGAAUCAUUUAUGAGUCUGUUCUGGGAGUUUACAGAAAGUUAAGGAUUUACCUACAUACUGUACAAGAAUCUGCACAUUCUACCUACUUCCUUGCAGAGCCAUUCAUCUGAAAGCUCACGUUGUCAGCGUGAAAUACGACAGGAAGAUGAAACAACCGAAUUGACUUUGUAGUCCGGGAGGGCUGGCUUUUAUUGUAACGCAGUCAUGGCAUGAAGGAGUGGCGUUUGUGUUUACACUGAACACGGCACAUCUUGCCGGAGUGGUGCACUGCGUCACAGUGUGCCUGCACCUUUGGCCGCCUCUGAGGCGUGUUUGAACACAGCCGAGACACUCUUCCUCACUUCCUUAAAGGCUGAGCACUCGAGCAGGGGAGGCGGAGCUGGACAGACGCAGCCCAGGUGACCCAUAAGACUGCGCUCAGGCAGCUCUAGCCUUUCAGUAGGUGUCUACAGCUUGACAAUGGAAACCGCCGGCUUUCUAGCAUGGGUCCUCGUCCUCUCUGUGUCAUCUGUCCCAUCAGGUUGUUUUAUGCUAAAUGGAGUGAAGGUCUACGAGGUGGUCCAGCCAAUCCGACUGCAUGACCUUCAUAAAAGAGAUUCUGAGGCCACCAGACCUGCGACAGUGAAAUAUGCCAUGACUCUGGGUGGAAAACCCAUUGAAAUGCAUCUAGAGAGGAACGAUGACUUCAUACCUGAAGACUACACAGAAACGUAUUACACGGACGACGGUACUCCUGUCGUAACCAAACCCCGUGAGUUGGAUCUCUGCUACUAUCACGGGAAGAUCGUGAACGACAGCCACUCCAUGGUUAGCAUGAGCACGUGUGAUGGGUUACGAGGUUACUUCCAAACGGCUGAGCAGAGGUAUCUUAUCGAGCCCUUGUCCGAGGACAGCGAUGGCGAUCAUGCCGUGCUGAAGUACGAGAACGUGACCAAUACUCCUAUGGUGUGUGGUGUCACAAAUACCAGCUGGGAGCCUUCCGAUCGUCCCCCUUACAUCAGCAAGUCCAAAUCGCGCUCUUCCGGGCCAACAUUGUUCCAGCAACAAAAGUAUAAUGAAGUCAUCCUUGUGGCCGAUAAUAGAAUGUACGUAAAGAUGGACAGUGAUGUCAACAAAGUGAGAAAGAGGAUCUUCGAGAUCGUCAACUUUGUUAAUGCUGUGUAUAAACCGAUCAACACGUUUAUCGCUCUGACCAGUCUGAUAGUGUGGACGGACUCUGACAAGAUUGUAGUGACGGCACCGGCCGGCGAGACACUGGAUAAAUUUACCAAGUGGAGGAAUAGCGAACUCAUGAAGAUGAAGAAGCAUAGCAAUGCUCAUCUGAUCACUGGGAUUGACUUUGAAGGUUCGACAGUGGGACUGGCGUAUAUUGGCUCUCUGUGCACGGAGCAUUCCACCGGCGUCAUCCAGGACCAUAAUCCACGUGCCAUAGCUGUAGGUGCCACCUUGGCCCAUGAGAUGGGACAUAACCUGGGUAUGAACCACGACAGCAGCUCAUGUGUGUGCACCGAGAGCAGCUGCAUCAUGACUGCUGCUCUCAGCUACAACAUCCCGCAGCUCUUCAGUAGCUGCAGCAUCAGCAGCUAUGAGCAGUACCUGAACUCGCGGAACCCUGAGUGUCUCUUCAACAAACCGCAACCCAAAGACCUGGUCCAGCCUGCAGUUUGUGGCAAUGGCUUCCGAGAGCUUGGAGAAGACUGUGACUGUGGAUCUGUGACGGAGUGCACAAACCCAUGCUGCAAUGCCACCUCAUGUACACUGACAAAGGGGUCCGUGUGCGCAGAAGGACUGUGCUGUAAUGACUGUAAGAUCGUUGAUGCCACCAAGAUGUGUCGUGCCAAGCGUGAUGAGUGUGACCUCCCUGAGUAUUGCACGGGCGAUUCAAGCUCAUGCCCUGAGGACGUCUUUGCUGUGAAUGGAAUACCAUGCAAGAAUGGCGAUGGCUACUGCUACAAUGGGCGGUGCCCUAGACGGGAAGGCCAGUGCAUCAAAAUGUUUGGGUCAGAUGCUGUGGUAGGAGGUAACUACUGUUACAAUCACAACAAAAGGGGAAUAUAUUAUGCCUACUGUACACGGCCCAGCAACGACCAGUAUAUAGGCUGCCAGCAACAGGAUAUCAUGUGUGGGAAGCUUUUCUGUGAACAAGGCCAGACCGACCCAAACUAUGGCCGGUUGGUCCAGGUCAACACCUGCAAAGCUAGUUUCUACGGUGACCGCAACAGUGACUUUGGCCAAGUGGAUACUGGAACAAAGUGUGGUGAUGAGAAGGUGUGUAGUCAGAAUCAGUGUGUGAGCUUAGAAGUUGCCUACAAGGCAACCAACUGCUCAGCCAAAUGCGAAGGCCGUGGGGUUUGUAAUCACAAGCUGGAGUGCAGCUGUGAACCUGGCUGGAUGCCACCCAACUGUAACAGGUCCACUGGAGCAGCUGCCAACAAUGGACUAUCUACAGGUGCACAGAUAGGUAUCGCAGUGGCCGUCUGCAUCCUUUUGGGGGCCAUUUUAAUUGGACUGGGUAUAUGUUUCAUGAAACGUAGAAAGAGUCAACCACAUCGAACUGGUGUUCAGGUCCAAGUGAAAGACUCGGUAAAAGUAAACAACAUUUACUCAAACCAGGCAAGAGCGAACCUUCCUCAUCAGAUCCCACCCACGGCAAUCCGUCCUAAAGGCCCUCCGCCACCACCACCUGCAGCUAAGCCAUCUGCCCCACCCUUGGUCCUGCAUACAGACUUCAGAGUGGCACACAAGGCUCUUAGACCAGUUCCACCUCCGCCGAAGGCAUAAAAAAAGAAAACGGACUUAAGUCGGGAUGGUUAUAUGGAACAAAUCUAGCAUGAUUGAGUUUUCACAAGCUCAGGAACUGAUUUAGCAAAACAUUUGUCUCGUACCUGGAGAUCUGCCUUUCGCCUUAUCCAGCUAAAAAAUGGUCAUAAAUGCUCCUACUUCCUGGAUGAGGGUGUGCUGGAGCUAAACUUUGUAGGAUCACAGAUCUCCAAGUGCAGGGUCUUAGUUGCACCCUCUAGAGGCCAACACAGGAAGAACAAAUCCUUCCACAGGUCCCUUUUUCUUUCACCUUGGUUCAGUAUCAGAAACUGACUGGCAAUUCAUAUCGCUCGUGACAGAAGUGCAUUGGAGGCACUUAAGCAGAGUUCUUUGGAAAAAACAGGAUGAUCACAUCAGACCUACCCAUCCAUAACUGAUAAUUGAAUGCGAAGGCGUGCCUUGACAUGAUGUUUGACGUAAGACGCUCGAGAUUAGUGUCAGAAUUGCGCCAAAAUAUUCCUGGAAGAAAAUCAGUUUAAACUAACUCACUUGUUUCUCUAAAUAGAACUCAGGGCAAAACAAAACCACUUUUAACAGCACAAUAGCGUCAAUCAUUUCUUGUAAAUACUUUUAUAAACAAAUUGUUUAUUAUUUUCCUACUACAGUGCCAAGAGUCUGAAUGCGAGUCACUCUAGAAAUUCUACUGUAUGUGUGCAAUAAAUGUGGCUGCAUUCAAAUUUUAUUUUGUACAAUUUACUAAGAAAAAUGUAGCACUACCUACAAUUAAUAAAAACAUUCAUAUUUUGCUGC